AUGCCUCGUAUGAAGGCAGCAUCUGUAUCUGAUCAAGUUGCAAGGAAGCGUAAACGUAAGAUCAAGGAUGUUGAAGACGAGAGCGCGACGCCUGCGCCGAGCGAUGGCCAGUCUGAAGAUCUGAGUACAUCACAAACCGAUGUCGGCGUCAUCGCAUCUUCCACGGCCACAAGCAUACCGACGAAGCAACACGAUGGAGGCAAGAAGCCCCGCCGAACACCCAAGAACCCUGGCGUAAGCAAGCCAGCAAUACAACGCCGCGCAUCCUCCACCCUUGUCGAGACCUCGAUACCAUGGCCCGACUACUUCACCAAGCUCGCACAAGUGCACCGCGCACUCAACCUCGUCUACACUUUUUGCUGCACGCGCAAACACCUGGCGACGACGUUUGACAAUCUCAAGACCACGGUCGAAGGACACAUCAAGCGCGAGCUUUUGACCGAAGAUGUCGCGCAAAUCACGGCCUUGAUUCCGAAAGCGAUACAUUUCGCCUAUGUCGACGAAGCGAUGCUGCAGAUCAACUUGAUGGGCUCAGAGGACAAUAUGAAUGGCAGAAAGACCACAGAUUUCGUUAUUCUGGGCCCGGAACCGGACAAGGGCGAGCACAAGGAGGUUUUGCUGUUUGAGUUUAUCGAUGGAGAUCUGAAGAGGCAGGUUGCGAGUAAGAAGACGGGUGAGCCGACCAAGGCGACGACCAAGUUGCGGAAUGAGGAUUUGAAGAUGCCGGUGUUCAGUCAAAAGCAAAUGAUGAAUUUGAUCGAGAAACGGACCGUGAAGUUUACUUCGGCUGUCAAUGCAUUCUUGAAUCAGUGCGCCGAGGAAGGUGUUGACGCGGUGGAGAAGCUAAAGGAGAUGGGGGUGGCUUAUAUGCCGCAGUCGAUGGAGAGUAGGCAGUCUACGCCUGGACCGGUGCAAGCCAAGAUCCCAAUUUCCAUACCGACGGAUAGGAAGCCUAUACCCGAGAUUCUGGAUGAGAUUAAGACGUUGGAUUGGUAUACGGGCCAGAUUGUACCAAAUGGACACCGUGUGUUUGACCCCCAAGAGCCGAUAUACGGCGACUUGAACUUUGCCAUGUCACAGAAUCUCGUCAACGCACUGUAUAAUACCCGCAAUAUCACCCAGCUCUACGCGCACCAGGCAGAAGCUAUCAAUAAUCUACAUGAUGGCCACAAUGUCAUCGUCGCCACAUCGACAAGCUCGGGCAAGUCGUUGAUCUACCAGAUACCAGUAUUACACCAGCUGGAGCAGGACCCCAUGACGCGCGCAAUGUACAUUUUUCCCACCAAAGCCCUCGCGCAGGAUCAGAGGAAGAGCAUGAAAGAGCUUUUGCGAUUUAUGCCAGGCUUUGAAGAUGUCCUCGUUGAGACAUUUGAUGGCGAUACACCGAUGAGCGAUCGCAACUACAUUCGUGACGAGGCGAGAAUCAUCUUUACGAAUCCCGACAUGCUGCACAUUACCAUUCUCCCGCAGGAAGAGGCAUGGCGCACCUUUUUGCAAAACCUGCGCUUCGUAGUCGUCGAUGAAUUACACGUGUACAACGGCUUGUUUGGCGCACACAUGGCCUUCAUUAUGCGUCGGCUGCGGAGAAUCUGCGCUGCCGUGGGUAAUCGCCAUGUCAAGUUUAUUUCGUGCUCGGCUACUGUCGCCAACCCAGAGGAACACAUGAAGACUAUCUUUGGCGUCGAUCAAGUCCAGCUCACCGACUUUGACGGCUCACCGAGUGGGCGGAAAGAGUUUGUUUGCUGGAAUACGCCGUUCAAGGAUCCCGGUGAUCCGACGUCGGGACGAGGGGACUGCAUGGCGGAGACGGCGAAGCUAUUUUGCCAGUUGAUGCUGCGCGGGGUGAGGAGUAUUGCGUUUUGCCGCGUGCGCAAGGCGUGCGAGGCGUUGCUUGCGGCUAUCAAGACUGAGUUGACGAAUCUGGAGCGCACCGAGGUCAUACCACGGGUCAUGUCGUAUCGAGGGGGCUACACGCCCCAGGAUCGCCGUGAGAUUGAGAGGGAGAUGUUUGAUGGGAGACUUUGCGGUAUUGUGGCGACGAGUGCGUUGGAACUUGGUGUUGAUAUUGGGUCCUUGGAUGCGGUGGUUACAGUUGGUUUCCCGUACACCAUUGCCAAUCUUCGUCAACAGAGUGGAAGAGCUGGACGGCGGAACAAGGACUCGUUGUCAGUCCUGGUCGGAGACUGCUUUCCAACAGAUCAGUACUACAUGUCCAAUCCGGAUGAGAUCUUCACAAAGCCAAACUGCGCCCUCCAAGUCGAUCUCACAAACAUGCUCGUCCUAGAAGGCCACCUCCAAUGCGCCGCCCACGAACUGCCCAUCAAUCUCGAGACAGAUGUCGCCUACUUUGGCCCCUUCUUGCCCAAAAUUGCAAAAGAGCGCAUGCGACAAGACGCCCAGGGUUUCUACCACGUCAACGAGCGCUUCCUCCCGCAACCCUCGCGCACCGUUGCCAUCCGCGACACUGAAGAAGACCAUUUCGCCAUCAUCGAUAUCACCAACGGGAAGAACAUGGUGCUCGAAGAACUAGAAGCCAGCCGCGCCUUCUUCACCCUCUACGACGGCGGCAUCUUCCUCCACCAAGGCACCACCUACCUCGUCAAGGAAUUUCACCCCUCGCGCAUGCUCGCCAAAGUCGAGCGCGUAAAGGUAGACUGGACGACCCAGCAACGAGACUACACAGACAUCGACCCAAUUGAAACCGAAGCCAUCCGCCACAUACCCAACUCACCCUGCCGCGCCUUCUACGGCCCCAUCAAAAUCGUCCAAGUCGUCUACGGCUUCUUCAAAAUCGACCGCAAGCGUCGCAUCCUCGACGCCGUCCAAGUCGACAACCCACCCAUCACCCUCUUCUCCAAGGGCCUCUGGCUCGACGUCCCCGCCACCGCCAUGCAACUCCUCCAAUCCCGCCGCCUCAACAUCGCAGCCGGCAUCCACGCCGCCGAACACGCCCUCCUCAGCCUGUUCCCCAACUUCGUCAUCUCCCUCCCCGGCGACGUCCGCACCGAAUGUAAAGUCCCCGAAAAGGAAUUUCUGCGCAAACAGAGCUCGCGCAUUCGCCCGGCCCGCCUCACCUUUUACGAUGCCCGGGGUGGACCGGGCGGCACUGGGGUCGCGGCCAAGGCAUUCGAGUUCAUCGAUGUGUUGCUAUCGCAGGCGUGUGAGCGCCUGCGCGCUUGUGCGUGUGAGCAGGGCUGCAACGAGUGCUGUAAUGAUGAUGCGUGUGCGCAACAUAAUCUGGUAAUGAGCAAGGCGGGGGCCGGGGUUAUCCUCAUGUGUUUGCUGGGUAGGGAGCGUGAGAUUGAUGUCGAGGCGUUGCCGUGGGGUGAGGAGGAGGUGCAGUAUGAGACUGUGGGGUUGGCGGCGCCGGUUAGGGGGGUUGGGGGUGUGGAUGUGGGUGGGAGGGAGCUGGUUGGGGAGGAGGAUGCAAAGGAGGAAGUUGAUGGCUCUGCACUCCUCACAAGAGCGAAAUUCUCAAACGGCGUCUGGAUCAAAGAGGAAGAAGAAGAUCAGGAUCAUUUCUCACGCAGUGUGCAUUUUCUCAAUGGUGAUAGGACGUUUAUUAGUGUUCAUAGGAACGCCCUGUAG